AUGGCGGCCGAACAACGUAAACUGCUCGAGCAACUAAUGGGAGACCAGCUCCUCGCUGGCCCCAACGCCGCCCGCGCCCCAACCCUCACCAUCACCGACCCCAAAGUCUGCCGCUCUUACCUCUGCGGCGGCUGUCCCCACGACCUCUUCACCAACACCAAACAAGACCUAGGCCCCUGUCCCAAAACCCACCAACCCAACCUCAAGGAAGAAUACCACGCCGCCACCGACGCCCAACGUCGCGAAUGGGGCUUUGAAUUCGACUGGCAGCGCGACAUGGGGAAAUAUGUCGGGGAUUGCGAUCGUCGGAUUGAGGCCGCGCAGAGGAGGUUGGAGAAGACGCCCGAUGAGAUUCGUAAACACAAUGCCCUCGUGGCGGAUAUCGCGGCGUUGGGCAAGACGAUCGAGGCCGGCAUGGUGGAAAUCGAGGCGUUGAGUGAGGUUGGUGCGGUCAAUCUUGCCGUGCAGGAAUUCUAUCAUUUGAGGCUGAAAAAGGCGACGAAGGAGGAGCGAGAGAAGGAGUUGAGGAGUUUGGGCGAGACGAGUGGGCCGAGUGGACAUCAGAAGUUGCAGGUGUGUGAUGUGUGUGGUGCGUAUUUGUCCCGCUUGGAUAAUGAUCGUCGAUUGGCCGAUCAUUUCUAUGGCAAGAUGCAUUUGGGUUAUGCUUUGAUGAGGAAGGAGAUGGAGAGGUUGAGGGAGGAGUUGAAGGGGAGGCAGCCUCCAAGAAGGGAUGACGAGGGUGAGAGGGGUGGAUAUGAUGAGGGAGGAUAUGGUGGGAGGGGUGGAUAUGGAGGUGGUGGAGGUGGUGGUGGUUAUGGAGGUGGACGAGGAGGAUAUGGUGGAGGUGGUGGAGGUGGAUUCUCACGACGUGGAGGCGGUGGUGGUGGUCGUGGAGGCAGCGAUCGUCCUAGGUGGUGA